UGUGAUGACGCCACCACGCUGAUACGGGAGGAUGAUGGCGACGGCGACGGCGGCAGCGGCUGUGGCCUUGGCCACGGUCGAGAUACUGUCCGCAGAGCCGCCGAGAUGCCGAAGAGCCCGCCGCCCGCUCGAGUUGUAGACGGGGCACUGCUUGCAGAGCAGGUCCUGCCAGCUUCGCUGGAGAGGAUGCCUCCAUGUCCGUGAUGGGCUGUGGGACAAGCAAGGUCCUUCCUGAGCCGCCCAAGGAUAUCCAGCUGGAUCUGGUCAAGAAGGUGGAACCCUUCAGUGGCACUAAGAAUGAUGUGUACAAGCACUUCAUCACAGAGGUAGACAGUGUUGGCCCUCUCAAGACUGGGUCUCCAGCUGCCAGUCAGUAUGUACCCCCUGGCAAUGGUGCCCCAAAUACCGGCUACAUGGAGCCUCCUCCUUCAGAACCACCGAGAAGGGCCAGAGUGGCAAAGUACAGGGCCAAGUUCGACCCACGUGUGACAGCUAAGUAUGACAUCAAGGCUUUGAUUGGUCGAGGCAGCUUUAGCAGAGUGGUACGUGUAGAACACCGGGCCACCCGUCAGCCAUAUGCCAUCAAGAUGAUUGAGACCAAGUACCGAGAGGGACGGGAGGUGUGUGAGUCUGAGCUUCGUGUGCUGCGCCGGGUGCGCCAUGCUAACAUCAUCCAGCUGGUCGAAGUGUUUGAGACACAAGAGCGUGUGUACAUGGUGAUGGAGCUAGCCACUGGUGGUGAGCUGUUUGACCGCAUCAUUGCUAAGGGUUCCUUCACUGAGCGUGAUGCCACAAGGGUGCUACAGAUGGUGCUGGAUGGCGUCCGGUAUCUACAUGCACUGGGCAUCACACACCGUGACCUCAAGCCUGAGAAUCUGCUCUACUACCACCCAGGCACUGACUCUAAGAUCAUCAUCACUGACUUUGGCCUGGCCAGUGCCCGAAAGAAGGGUGAUGACUGCCUCAUGAAGACCACCUGUGGCACACCUGAGUACAUUGCUCCUGAAGUCCUGGUCCGCAAGCCCUAUACCAACUCUGUGGACAUGUGGGCAUUGGGCGUCAUUGCCUACAUCUUGCUCAGUGGUACCAUGCCCUUUGAGGAUGACAACCGCACCCGGCUGUACCGUCAAAUCCUCAGGGGCAAGUACAGUUACUUGGGGGAGCCCUGGCCUAGUGUAUCCAACCUGGCCAAGGACUUCAUCGACCGCCUGCUGACUGUGGACCCUGGAGCCCGAAUGACUGCACUGCAGGCCUUGAGGCACCCAUGGGUGGUGAGCAUGGCAGCCUCUUCAUCGAUGAAGAAUCUGCACCGCUCCAUCUCCCAGAACCUCCUCAAGCGUGCCUCCUCACGCUGCCAGAGUACCAAGUCUGCCCAGUCAACACGUUCUAGCCGUUCCACACGCUCCAACAAGUCACGCCGUGUGCGUGAGCGUGAGCUGCGGGAGCUCAAUCUGCGAUAUCAGCAGCAGUACAAUGGCUGAGCCACCAGCUGUGGCACAGUCACACUGUGGCCCCAGCUUGUCCACACUCUGCUGUGCCAUCUUCUGGGCCCAAUAUCCUCUUUUGAAACUGGCCUUAUGGCCAGUAGUACGCAGUACCUGACCCCAGUGCCUUUUCCAUGCCUCCAGCAGCCCCUAUUCACAGUGGACCUGGGUUUGAUGUGAUGGAGUCGGGGUGGCCAGGAGGCUCAGACCCUCUCAUCUGGAAGCCUGGCCUUGCACUGAUACCCUUUUGGUAUGCAGCUGCUCUGUAUGAGUUGGGGGAAGGGACAGGUUUUAGCUUUCACUGUCUCCCUCAUCCUUUGGCUCUUACUCAGACCAAAGGGGCUUGCAGUGCUGGGUAGUAUCUUCUGGCCUAGGACCUUUGAAAUGGUUCUGGAACACCUCUUUCAUCCACAGAGCCUUCCUCCCUAACUCCCUUCAUUCUUUGGCAUUCUAAUCCUUAAGGUUAGGCUCCAGUGGUAGGCUUAACUUUGGUUUAGCCAAAGACUGCAGGUCCCAGGUAUCUUGACUGGACCAAGUACUCCUGGUUAGAUCUAAGCCCCAAUCUCCCAUUCCAAAGCUGUCUUUGUGGUGCUGCCAAAGACCCCUCCUGGCCCCAAGACUUGCCAGGACCUCUGGAAGCAGUGCCCUGGCAUGGACCUUAGCCCUGCUGAUGAAGGCUCACCUCAGCUCCAGCUGAACUGAUUAAGAGGUUCCUGUUCACCACUCAGUUUAUUUCUUGGGGAGACCUCCAUUGCCUCCUUCUCCUUGGAUGCCCAUUUCAUUCCUCAGGCGCCUCCUUCCCAACUGUGAGGGUUAAAGGGAGCCCCACUGCUGCUACCUGGGGGAUGGGGGCACCUCGGCCACUGCAGAGGGUCCUCCCCUGGGAUCCCAUUGUCAGCUCUAGUGCCAUCUAUUGUCUCUUCCUUCAGGGCCACUGUCCCCUCUCAUCUGCAGCUUCAUGGGGGCGCCAUCUAGUGUCUGGCCUGGGAAUGGGCAGCCGGUGGUGAGCAGGAGAUGGCUAUAAUGGUACCCAGUCUUCCAAAAGGAAGUAAAAAGGAAGGAGCUGCUAUAUUGCAGGAGGAUCGUGGGCUGCUUGGCCCUUUCUCAGCUUUUGUGCAUCUCUCCCUGGAACUUAGCCAUACUGUGUGACCUGCCUCUGAACCCUGGGUGCUUGGAGUACUGGUCUUGUUGUGGGAGCUGCCCUUGUCCUUUCCAUCCUGUGCCCACUUCCUUUCAUAGCAUUAAUCUUCAACCUGGGCCCCACUGAGUCUCGGGCUAGAGGGAGCCCUUGAAGGAGAGUAGGGGUGGGUGUGUGUUGAGGGGGGCUGCUUUCCCAGAGGCCUGAGCCAGAACUAUCUGAAUAGCUGUCAUGGUAUCUCCCUGUCACCACAAACUAUGCUGAAGCCCAAGGAUUCUCCCUCCAUAGCUGCUUUCAGUGGGUAAGAAUGGGCCAGGGCCAGGCCUCUGCCUUACCUAGUGUCCUGCCAGCUGGGAGAAUUUGAUCCACAUUUAGCUGCUCCCAGUGGGUCGUCUUGGGCCACACUCCCUUUCUGUAUGUGCCACCAUCAGUGAGAUACCAAACCUAAGAGACCACUCUGUGCCAAGCCGACUGUGCCUUAUAUGCUCCUUCCUCUGUACCUACUGCUCUGGGCAAGAGGGAAUAGAAAGGCCAAGGCUUACAGCCUCAGAAUUUCCUGCCACUUUCCCAAAUAUCUAGGGUCUUAAAGUCCUAGGGAUUUAUUUCCUCUCUUGCCCAGGGUAAACCUGAUCCUGAGAGUAAGACAAGGGAGUUUGGAGUUUGGGGCCUUUGAUAGGCUCAUUUAGGCCUUCUCUUGGACCCUGGAUGGGGAAUGUGCAGUUAUUUAUUUUGUGUAUUCAGUUUGUAAAUGUAUCCCUGUAUUCAAUAAACAGGGUGCCCUCCCCAGGGAAGGCUGCCCAUUCAUGCCAA